CCUAGCGUGGACAGCGACAACUAACUUUCGGGGCGGGGUCCGGUGCGUGAUCGUCAAAGAACUGGUACUGAAGAGUGAUGUCAAUCCAUCACCUAAUCAAAGACACAUCUACGUAAUAACGCUUCUCAUUCGAACGACGCUCUAGAUAACCCCGUAACUGCAUUUCUGAAUUUUUUUUAAAUUAUUCAUUCCAGCAAACACAUUGAUUGGUCUUGCGAAUUUUCAUCUUCACUCAUCAACAAUCAAUGGCUCUCAAAACUCUCGGUGCCAAGGCGGCGGCAGCGCUGGACAAGGAGCUCAUGAGCACUGGAGCAUUCUCCAUCGACCAGCUCAUGGAGUUAGCUGGGCUUUCUGUGUCGCAGGUUGUGUACCGUGUUCACCCCAUCCACAAAGGCCACCGAGUCCUCGUUGCUUGCGGACCCGGAAACAACGGUGGUGAUGGUCUUGUUGCUGCUCGUCAUCUCCGACAAUAUGGCUACCAACCAACCGUGUACUACCCUAGGCGCAGUAAGAAUGAUCUCUACCAGCGACUUGCCAAACAACUGGAGGACCUCGAUGUUCCCUUUGUCGAAGACUUUCCCGAGGCUCUGAAGUCCACGGAUCACAUAGUGGAUGCGCUUUUCGGUUUCAGUUUCUCGGGCGAAGUUCGCGAGCCUUUUCCGGCUGUGAUUAAGGCCUUGGAAGAGACCAACCUUCCCGUUACCUCCGUGGACGCUCCAUCAUCUUGGAACAUUGAAGAUGGACCGCCGAAAACAGGCCUUGGAAGCUCGUUCCAUCCUGAGUAUCUGAUUAGCUUGACUGCACCAAAGCCGUUGGUCAAGUACUUCAAAGGCCGACACUUCGUUGGUGGACGCUUUGUUGCUCCUUCAAUUGCGAAGAAGUACGAUUUUGACAUCCCGGAAUACCAAGGCAUUGACCAGAUCGUUGAAGUAAGCCCUGCUGACGAGAAGCUCUGAGCUACGUGGCCUGUCGUUCCUUUUCCUUUUCCCCCC